AUGACGGAGACAGACUCUCUUGCCCUUGUCUCUAAAGGAGAGACCACGCAUAACCAAGGGGACUCCCCGUAUGAUGUACUGAGUCGGUCUCUCCUCUUCCACGAUGAAGCCCAUCGCACAUGGUGGGAGCAAGGAGGGUCCAAGCUUGCUGUCUACCUGCGCCUGGGAAAGCACAGUAUUGGAUCUCAGUAUCGCCAUCUGCUCAUGUUUUACUCGGUGUUCGCAUGCAACCUGGGUCCAUGGCCCAACAAAACACGAGACAAUAUCACCUGGUUUUCCGCAAUUAGCCCUCGAGGUGAGAACCUCGAAUUGAGCAUGAAUUACCAGCGAAAUUCGAAAUGUACGGUUCGCAUUGCUGCCGAGACCACCGGCCCGCUGGCCGGUACAGAGAAGGACCCGUUCAACGUGAUCGCCGAGAAAAGGAUGGUCAAUGAUCUGCGAGCUUUUCAGCCCAACUUGAAUCUCGCAUGGUUCAAUGAUUUUGAGCGUGAGGUCGUGGUACCUGAUGAAGUUGCGAGGAAGAAUAGGACAGCUUCCGAUAAUUUCAACGCCAAAAGUCAACGAUUACAUGGACUGGAUCUGGCGGAAGGGUCCUUCAUGCUCAAAUCCUACUUUAUUCCUGUUAUCCGCUCCGCCAUCACCGGAGUAGAGACGGCAAAGAUCGAAUUCGACUGUAUUCGCAAACUCGGGAUCACUAACACAAACUUCAAUACUGCGCUCAAUAUACUACAGGAUUGGAUGCUGCCCACAGGUGGUCGUUUCAUGCAGGACUGGGAUGGAGUGUCUUAUGAUGCGAUUGAUGCCGAUAAAGCACGGAUUAAGGUCUAUACCGGGAUUCGUGUCAAGUCGCUGGAGCACGUUCGUGAGAUCUGGACCCUCAAUGGGAGGCUUCAGGGAGAUUUCAUCGACAAAGGAUUCAAGUUGGUGACAAAGCUCUGGAAAUCCCUGAUGGAUGAGGACUUUUCCAAUUCCGAGGUCAAGAACUGUAUGCAAUGGGUAUGGGAACUUAGAUCUGACGUCGACGUUCCUGUUCCAAAGCUUUACUUCACUGUUGCAGAAACCGAAGAUCAUCAUGUUUCCAAGGCAGUGGUAGAAAUAUUGGAGUACCUUGAUUGGCACGAGCAUGUUCAAACACAUCUCACGUUGAUGGAUGACGCUUGGUAA